UGGGCCAAUCAGACACCUCGGUGGGCGGGAGGUUGACUGCCACUCAAAUCCUUUAUAAGUUUGUGUGGCCCAACUGCAGUAGGAUCUUUCCCCCCUUUCCCGUUUAUCCGCAUCGUCUCUACAGGCUGCCAGUAACCACCAACAUGUUGCCUCUCAUCGUGUUGGCUUUGUGCCUGAGCGCCGCCGCCUCGGCCCCCUCCCUGGACCCUCAGCUGGACCAGCACUGGGACCUGUGGAAGAGCUGGCACUCCAAGGAGUACCACCAGAAGGAGGAAGGCUGGAGGAGGAUGGUGUGGGAGAAGAACUUGAGGAAGAUUGAGCUGCACAAUCUGGAACACUCCAUGGGCAAGCACACUUACAGCCUGGGCAUGAACCACUUUGGAGACAUGACUCACGAGGAGUUCCGGCAGAUCAUGAACGGCUACAAGCGCAGCAACAAGGUGCAGAGGAAGGUCAAAGGAGCUCUCUUCAUGGAGCCCAACUUCUUGGAGGCGCCGCGCUCGGUGGACUGGAGAGACCAGGGCUACGUCACCCCCGUCAAGGACCAGGGUCAAUGCGGGUCGUGCUGGGCCUUCAGCACCACAGGGGCCCUGGAGGGUCAGCACUUCCGCAAGACGGGCAGUCUGGUGUCUCUGAGCGAGCAGAACCUGGUGGACUGCUCGCGGCCCGAAGGCAACGAGGGCUGCAACGGAGGCCUGAUGGACCAGGCCUUCCAGUACAUCAAGGACAACGACGGCCUGGACUCGGAGCAGGCCUAUCCCUACAUGGGCACCGACGACCAGCCAUGCCGCUACGACCCCAAGUUCAACUCUGCCAACGACACGGGUUUCAUGGAUGUGCCGAGCGGCAAGGAGCACGCGCUGAUGAAGGCCGUGGCCUCCGUGGGGCCCGUCUCCGUGGCAAUCGACGCCGGACACGAGUCCUUCCAGUUCUACCAGUCAGGCAUCUACUUUGAGAAGGAGUGCAGCAGCGAGGAGUUGGACCACGGCGUGCUGGUGGUGGGUUACGGCUACGAGAGUGAAGAUGUGGAUGGCAGGAAGUACUGGAUCGUCAAAAACAGCUGGAGCGAGAAGUGGGGGGACAAAGGUUACAUCUACAUGGCCAAGGAUCGCAAGAACCACUGCGGCAUCGCCACCGCUGCCAGCUACCCACUGGUCUGAUGACAACCACCGCCAUAGACACCAUUUAGUGAUUUUUUUUUUUUUUUUUUUUCCAAAUUUUUAAAUGCAAUGUGGAAUUCAAGCAUUUUGAUUUUAGUCAACAAAUGAGUGUUUUUAAGGAAACACUGCUAAUUUCAAGCCAAUUUGUAUUGAACAAAUUUUGUCUUUUAUUCUUUGUACUUGUACAUAUGCUGCUCAGUGAGUGGGGAAAUGCUGAUUCUUGUAAAUGGCCGUUUUUUUCUAAUGUUUCGUUUAACGUCGACCAUUAAAGGUGUGACACAAAUU